GUCAGCAUCCAAUGUCGAACACUCACAGAGCUAUUGAUUUUGGGGAUUUAUUUACCGUUACACUCUCAAGACUGGAAAUUAAAGUUCCAGUCAAAUGGUUCGAAUGGUUGAGUUUUAAAAUAAUUCAGACAGUCAGCGGAGCGUUCGUUCAUCUGCUUAACUGAAAAUUCAUGGCAUAUUAUAUUUCAGACUCAAAGAACAAUCCUUAGCUAUGUUUCUGUUUAACAGUCAUUGAAACUAUCAUCUAAAGUAAAGAGGUCCCUUCGAAACAGCGCGUUACGGUCCUCACCGGUCUCCGUUUAGUGUAUUUGGUUAGUUUCGCCAAUUUUCUUGCGCAUUAUACCAAAUUUCUUAGUUCUCUGUCAAAAGUAACACAAAUAACAGUCUCCAUAAAUUCGUAAUGCAAGGAACUGUUUUCAAUUGAUCUGUGGAAUAAUUCUGAUUUAUUUUGUGGAGUUAACAAUUAUGUUAUCGCCUAAUUCGAAUCACGAAAAAACACCUGUACGUGAAAAUUUUCUUAGCAAUACAACCGAUAACUUCAUCAAACCUUCUUUACCUCCGUUUAUUUCAAAUAUUUUAGACCAGUUAACCGAUAACGAACUUAAAUGUCGUUUAGAAUCUGUCUUGUUAGACAGAGAAUCGGAACUAUUAGAAUCUCAGUCAGCCUGUAAGGAUGCACAGAAUGAGGCUGUAGAGUCACGGAAACAGUUAGUCAAACUUGAACUAGAAUUGGCAAAUAUUAAAAGCGCCGCGGAAAUGUUAAUGACUGAACAUGAGGAUGCCUUAUUAACCUUGAAAAAACAGUAUGAUGAAGAAUUGUCCUCGCUGCUGAUAGCUUCUGAACAGGGUUAUUUGCAUCAGUUUAUAGAUGGUCAGUGUUCAAGCGAUUCAUCACCAACUGAAAAUGAGAAUUGUCCAACCUCCAAAUCAUCACUUCUUAUCACUGAAAAAAAGUCAGCUCAAAGUUUAGCUAAUCAGGCAUUGGAUAAAGUAGAGAAAUUAGUUCGACGUGUUGGUCAUAAAGCACUAACAAAUAAUUUUAUUUUAAAUAAAUCCACUGUUUCAUCUUUUUGGCCAAAUCAUGACAUUGGUUCAAACAAAGAGGAGGAUAAUGAUGAUGACUAUGUACGAGCAAUAGUUGAACCUUAUGAAACAGAAAUUACACGUCUACAGCAAAUUUUGAUCAAUGCUUCGAUUCCAUUCACUAGGUCAACAUUACAUCCUAAUUCAGCAACAAGUUAUAAAUUAUCAGAAGGGAAAAUUGUCAACAAAAGUUUUCAUAAUUCAAAUAUGAAGAUAGAAGUUUCUGGAAACAGUAUUGAUAAUAAUAACAAUAAUAAUAACAGUAAUACUGAUAAUGUGGUUGAUCCUGGUAGUAAUCCAAGUAAUCUAAUUAAGCGAUCAUGUGACCAAAUAGCAGAAAAACAUUCUGUGCACAAAUCACCCGAUAAUUGUAAUGAUCAUGUCAAUUCUGAUGAUGAUGAUGAUGAAAAUACUCAAUCGACUGUUGUCACACAAUCAAUAUGUGAUCAUUCUACAUCUUUUGAAGGGCAAAUCUACCUAACCGAUACAAUGAAAAAUUUACAAAAGCAGCUUUACACAGUUAAAAAUGAAUUAGAUUUGAAAAACCACGCUUUGAAAGUUGCUACAAAUCGUCAGUUAGAGUUGGAAAAUACCCUUAAAACUCAAGUUUUUGAACAAACAUCUAAAAUAGAGAAAAUUAGUACAAUUUCUAAUCAGUUGGGUCAACAAUUAGAUGAUUUGAUGUUAAAUUACAAAUCUUAUCGUGAAACAACUGAAAAAGAAAUAUCCACUUUAUUAUUUGAGCGCAAAAUUGCUAGUUCAAAUCUAGAAAUUCUUCGUUCACAUUAUGAUGCACUCGUUGGUAGACGUUCACAAGCUGCUAUUGAAUUAAGUAGACAACCAAUACAAUUACCAAAUGAAAAAGAUGAAUUAGAACAUUUGGCGUUAAAAUUAUAUGAAGAAAACUUAUCAUUUCGUGAAGCACGUGAUCAUUUAGAGGAAUGCUUAAAGAAGGAGACUGAAACUCACAGAGAACAGCUAGCAAAUGAACAACAAGAGCGUAUUAAUUUUGAAUCGUCAAUUCUACAAGAAUUGGAAGAAGCACGUAGACGUCUUGCGGAUCUUGUCAAUAUUACAACUGAACGUGAUAAUGAAACUGUUCUAAGACAGAAAUGUGAAGAUGAAUUAAAAAUUUCCAAAUCUAAGUUGAAUGAAUUACAGGCUAAAUAUGAACUAACUGAAACUAAUUUAACUGAAGCUCAGAAAAGAAUUAUUGAUCUGCAAGAUCAAGUUAUUCGGUUGCAAAAUGAUUUAGACAAUGUGGAAUCGGUUCAAGCUGAUUUUGUUCGUUUGUCACAAAAUUUACAAGUCCAACUGGAAAGAUUAAGACAACAAGAUCAAGAAGUAAGAUGGAUCAGUCCAGAUGAUGUGACCAACUGUUUUUCGUGUAAUUCACCAUUUCCAAUGGGAAUUUCCAAUAGUAAUAGUUCGAAAAAAAUCAAUUGUCGUCAUUGUGGUAAAGUUCAUUGUUCCAAUUGUACAAAGAAUACUAUGCCAGCUGGACCAUUUGGUCAUCCGGCUGUUGUAUGUGAUGUAUGCCAUACAUUGUUGAAUAAAAAUAUUGCCCCGUAUUUCAGCACAACAUCAUUAAAUACUAAUAAUAAUAGUAAUAGCAAUCAAAAGGAUCACUUUCCAUCUUCUAAACGUUUCAGUCUGUCAUCUCCUACACAAUCCUCAACUAGUCUAUUAACUAAACCUUAAUCACACUUACUCAUUAUUUAUCCCUUCAUAAUAUCAAAUUACUAGUGUUUUGUUUCUGCUCUUUCUUUUAAAUUUCUCUUCUAAUCUAAAUGAUCUAUAAUAAAUUGUUUGAACAGUCAUAAAUUAAUUGCAUAAUCUUUACUCUUUUUCUUACUUCACUUCCUUCACAGUGUACACACAAAUGAAUUGUUACAUUUUAUUUCGUCUUUUUUAUGUAUUUAUUACUGUCUUAAUGUUUACUAUAUACUUUUUUGGAUUAUUUCUUCAUGUAGACUUGUACGUGUGUGUGUGUGUGUGUGUGUGUGAAUCCCAUACGCAAAUGAGUUUGUGUUCAUGUGUUGGCAGAUAUCGUCAUAUAACCGUGUUUUUUUGUUUGUUUCUUUGUAUGAACUCAAUCAAGUUUGUUUAUGUUACUUUUGGUUUAUUCAUUUAAAUAUUGACUGUACCAUCUUAUCAUUAUGCAUACAUGUCUUUCAAACUAAAAGUUUUUGUCCGUUCAUUCGGUUUUCUUCAUAAGCAAGAUGUACUACUGUGUUUUCAUUUCAGUAGUAUAAAAUAUAUAUUCACAAAAUAUGUAUACACAUUAGUUUGCCUAUAAAAGUAUCAGCAUGAAACUUAUCAAUUAUUCUAUUCAUACUAAACAUCAUAAAAAACUAUUCCAUUCUUAAUUAUUUAUCUAUUUUUCGAUAUGUUGAUUAUGUUUAUACAUGAUCGUGUGUCAACCAUUUUUGACAGUUUAUAUGAUAAUGUGAACAAAACAACAAUGCUAAACAUUUCUGUAGGUUUGUAUGAAUUUAAUUCAUUUCUAACUUUUUAAAUCGCUAGCUGGGGAAAAAACAGGCUUAACAGGGGAAUUUAAAUAGGCAGAAGUGAAACGUGUCCGUCGAUUGCAUAGGUGUGUGUAAUAAAGUAUAAAUUUACAAGUCAACUAUAUCUGUUUUCUUUUUUAUGUUCUGUCUCGACAAAAUCCUCACAUGCUUUCUGCUACUGACAAUAUCGGUAUUUGUUAUGAUUAUUUGAAAAAUUUCUGAUUGUUACAACACAACAAGACUGAUAUGUUAUCGAGAUUGCAAACCGAUGUGAGAUAAAUAACCAUCAAGAACUUAGAAUCGAUGGACAGCUGUUUAGCCCUAGUAUGUGACUACUUAGUAAUGAACAUCUACGACCCCUUACCAGAGGUUAAACCUAAGGCCUUGAACCUAGCGCGCGAUCGGUUAACCUCUAGAUCACUGAACCUGGAUUUCUUGGUAUACAAGACUAACUUCAGUCCAAUCUCUGGCGACUAUACUCCAUUGUUUGUUGUGGGUACCUUUCUCGCGUCUGACAUAGGUAAACUCUUGUGGUCACGAUUUCUGAUUGCAACUCCAGAAAUUCUCUUUCUAACCUAAUCACUAAUCAGCACAUGAUGUGGCUUGAUGUGUGGAAGAACAGUAACACUGUAGAUGAAACCUUACUUAUCGUUCCAAUACUGAUUUACCUUUUUAACAUUUCAGUUCAUAAAGAUAAACGUCUUUUGUAUUCAGGAAUAUCAUACCAUAUAAUAUUCACUAUCAUUAUUGCAUCUGUUCUUGAAUUUUUCAAUCUUUGCACUGACAAACUGUAAAUUAUAGCGCACCUCAUGAGCCAUAUUUGAUGUGACUAAUUCCAUUUGCCUUAUCAUUGUAAAUGGUUGUUUUAGUAUAUCUCUAUUCUAUUUGAUUCCGAACAAACUGAUUUAUGUAUAUACAAAAUAGCAAUGUUUCGAAAUCAUCUAUAAAUUUUCACACAAACAGAUGUGAUCAUUUGAAUCGUUUUAAUUGAUAGACUCUUCCUGUCUUAAAAAAUUUUGCCUUAAGAUUUUCGACCGUUUUCUUCUCUGAAGAGUCAUGUGAACUAUCUUAUGUCUUACUGUUUAAAUUCAAAAUAAACAUCUACAUUUUUCACAGAAG